UUGAACUUUGCGACCAGUGGUGACGUUUUCGUUGCUCGGUCUUGACGGUAAUUUUCAGUUUCAAUUGAAAUUGGUUUAACCUUGAGCUUUGGCAUUGAAUACUUAAGAAUAGUGAGUGGUGAAAUCAAAGGGUCUCUCUCAACCGAAGAAAAUGGGAAGAAUAUUCACGGUGGAGCUUGAAGGCAGGGCUUAUGCUUGCAAGUCCUGCAAAACCCACCUUGCCCUUUCAGAUGAUCUCAUCUCUCGGGCAUUUUAUUGCCAGCGGGGAAAAGCAUAUCUCUUCAAUAAUGUUGUGAACUUCACAAUCGGAGCCCUAGAGGAAAGGAUGAUGGCUUCUGGACUGCAUAUCGUGGCAGAUAUUUUUUGUUGUUGCUGUGGUCAAAUAAUUGGCUGGAAAUAUGAGUCUGCACAUGAAAGAUGCCAAAAGUAUAAAGAGGGGAAGUUUGUUCUUGAAAGAGGAAGGAUUGUUGACGAAAUUGAUUUGUCCACUGGUUUCCAUAUUGAGAGCUGUGUCAGCACGAGUGACGCUGAAGAUGCUUAAGCUUGUUAAAAUAUUCUUUACUUAUCAGAUCGAGUAAAAGAAUGCACUGCUUUUCUAUGUGAAAAUAAGGUAGAACCAUGAAAAUGUUCAGAAUCGAAGUAAGUUUGUUCACCAUCUUUAUAGUAGUAACAGGUAAAAAAGUAGAAUUUUCAAUGGUGUUUAAUUUGUGUAGACAGAAAGGGAUAAAAAAAGUAAAAUUUAAAUGGGGCCUUUAAAUUAAUUACCUUCAAUGUUAUGACUCAUAUAGAACUGACACGGGGCAUCAAAAUCUCCACAAAAUACUGAUAUUGUUAAUAGAAUGAAGAUCAAUUAUACUUGUAUGGUUUACUCCAACCAGUUUGAUUAAGUCUAUCACUUGGUAUUGAUGUUUCUUUAUUU